AUGGCGGGUCGAUUACAAUCCCAUCAGCUUCCAAGCGGACUCUACGUUUCCGGCAAACUCGAGCAACCAAAAGAACAACGGCCACCGACAAUGGCGGCUCGUGCUAUGCCUUACACCGGAGGCGAUAUCAAAAAAUCCGGCGAGCUCGGAAGGAUGUUCGACAUCUCCGUCUCUGAUCCCGCAUCGUUCCAAGGACCUCCGUCUAUUUUCGUCGGCGGACCACCGCCACGUCUCCCCUCCGCCUCGUCUUCAAAUCCCAACAGUGGAUCCGUUCGAUCCGGAUCCCAAUCGGGUCCAAUCAGAAAAUCCUCAGGUCCACUCUCUCAGCUUCAACCGACCGGUUUAAUCACCUCCGGUCCGCUCAAUUCCUCCGGUCAAAUUGGGUCCGGGUCAAGGAGGUCAGGCCCGUUGGAUCAUCAUCAUCAUCACCAACCGAGUAAUUUGAAGCCGAGCAAACCCAAAUACGGAUCGGCGGUGACGGUUCUCAACUCGGAUCCGAUUCGGGUCGGGUUUAAAGUACCGAAAGCUCUGAUUUGGGCAGUGAUUGUAGUUGCAGCGGUUGCGUUACUAAUUGGGGCGUUCUUAUCUGUGUCCGUGAAGAAGCCUCUUGUUAUGGUGGCGAUUGUGGCGGCUAUUUUUCCGGCCGCCGUUGUUUUUGUAUGGAAUUGUACUUGGAGAAGAAGAGGAUUGCUGAAUUUCAUCAAAAAACAUCCAAAUGCUGUUCUUAGAGGCGCCAUUGAUGGACAAUUCAUCAAAGUUACAGGAGUUGUAACAUGUGGAAGCAUCCCACUUGAGUCGUCAUACCAAAAGAUACCGAGAUGUGUUUACGUAUCUACUGAAUUGUAUGAGUACAAAGGCUUUUGUGGUAAAUCUGCAAACCCAAAGCAGAGAUGCUUCUCAUGGGGAUCAAGACAUGCCGAGAGAUAUGUGACGGAUUUCUACAUAUCCGAUUUCCAAUCCGGUUUACGAGCACUUGUUAAAGCAGGAAAUGGAUCAAAAGUUUCUCCUUUUGUCAUACCGGAGACAGUAUCUAAUGUAACCUCACAGACUAAAGAUUUAUCUCCAAGCUUUCUGCAAUGGUUGGCGGAUCGAAGCCUUUCCAACGAUGAUCAUGGUGCUAUGCGUCUCAAAGAAGGAUAUAUAAAAGAAGGGAGCACAGUAAGCGUGAUGGGAAUGGUGAGACGACACGACAACGUGCUGAUGAUCAUUCCUCCGGCAGAACCAGUAGCCACUGGCUGCAAAUGGUGGCGUUGCCUCGUCCCAUCUUAUGUGGAAGGCCUUAUCAUUACAUGUGACGAGAAUCAGGAUACUGAUGUCGUUCCUGUCUGA